CGCCGUGAACGGGUCCGAGCGGUGACCCCGCCCCCUCGGGCGUAGUGCCCGCCCACUGAUUAGCAAUGCGGAUCUCCGCGAUUGGACGGCGGCUUGUUCCUUUUCAAGCGCUCCUCCAGAUCUCAGUAUGAGGAGUGUGUGUGUGUGCGAGCGAGGUGGAGAGACGACGGCGGAACUCAGCGAGAGGAUCGGAGAUUCCUGUCCUAUCCCGGGAUAUUCUUAAACAACCUGACCAGUUUUUUCGGUGGCGGAAGCGUGAUUAUUUGAUCAAGGAUCCGCGUCACUUGUUUUGCGCUGAUUUGUAGUUUUGCGCAGAGACACCGAGGCCACCCUGGGCUAGUGGAGACCCCGCGCUCGGAACGAUGCCGAAACGGGAGGGUUUGUUUUCCACAGUGACUUCUAUCGCUCUGUAGUUGGGACUACAAACUACCGUCAUUCCCACUGGAUAUACCGUGCAGAGUUGGGAGGACACCAUGCUGCUCGGGUCGGCGGUGAUUUAUUAAAUGACAUCGGAUAUCUAAAUGAGACCCGCACGACACCCGCCCCGUCUAUAUUCCUGCCAGGUCCGCGAUCCGCCCCGAUCCAGAUGAGCGAAGCGCCUUCUGGAUUUGCAGCCAGCUCACGGAGACACACAGCAGAGAACGGCGCGUGCCACGGUGGUGGCGAUACUUUGAUCGGCGGUUCUAGAACGCGCGCCCCUUCGGUCGUCUCGCGUCCACUCGCGGACCCCGCGCGUCAGGAGAGGCGACUGCCCGUACGGAUCCUCAAAAUGCUGACCGCUCACGCGAGCCAUAUGCUGCACCCGGAAUAUCUGCAGCCGCUGAGCUCCGCGCCCGUCAGCAUCGAGCUUGAUGCUAAGAAGAGCCCACUGGCUCUGCUCGCCCAGACAUGCUCCCAGAUCGGGAAGCCGGAUCCUACUCCGUCAUCCAAGAUGGGCGCUCUCUCAUCCAGCAGCCUGGGAGAGAAGGACGGGAGAUCGUCCAGCUCGGGCCUCAAACCUUGCGAGCAGCACCAGGGCCUGGAAGACAAGUCCAGCUUCAAGCCUUAUUCCAAAAGUGGCUCGGAAUGUAGGAAGGAGGGAGGCGUGGUGAACGGCUCGGCGGAUAAGGCGGGAUUUAGGGUGCCCAGCGGGAAUUCCGCCGGUGCCACGUGUCCAUCGUUUCCUCCGCAUGCCACGUCUCCGAGAACCGUCUCGCCCGCACAGAACACUGCGGGACAGGCCCACGCACACCGGCAGAGUCCGCCCGCGCAGAAGAUGCCUUACGUCCUGCCCCCGCACGCAGACCCCAAACCUGCAGGCUCUGCCCCCGGAACGGACGGCGGCGGCGGCGGCGGCAGUGGAGAUCGCGCUGGGAAAAAGGAGGCAGAGCAUGGCAAAGCCAGCCUGGACCACGCCCAGCUGGCCAACUCCAGUCAGGUGCGUGCCAGCGCUAACUCCAGUAGCGGCAGCUCCACUGGCAGCCCGCAGCCCCUGGACAGCAAACCCGAAGCUCCGGCCUCCCAGCCAGGCCUGGUGUCGGGCCAUGUGGCCCCUGUGUCCCCCUUUAAACCCAGCCACUCUGUCUUCCCCCUCCCCCCUUCCACCAUGGGCUACCACGGCUCCGUCGUUGGCGCUUACGCCGGCUACCCGUCCGGGUUCGUGUCUGGGCUGGACCCCGUUAAGUCCAGCCUGGUGGGCAGUGCGGGGAUGGGCGUUCCCGGGAAGCACCCGAGCUCCAGCCCUCUCUCUGGCUCCUCUCCCCCAUCACUCAUGCAGGGCCUGUGUCGAGACCCGUACUGCCUCACCUACUCCAACGCUCCCCACCUGGGAGGCGGCGGUUGCUCGUCCUGCGUGCAUGACCCAGCCUCCUCCCUCAAGUCGGCCUUCCCUCUGGUGUACCCUUCACCACACCUCCACACGCUCCACCCGAGCUCCCUGUCCUCCGCCGCACCGGCGUCCCUCACCCACCCUCUCUACACCUACGGCUUCGUCCUGCCCAGUGACACCCUCCCUCAUGCCUGUAACUGGGUCUCGGUGGGCGGGCCCUGCGACAAACGCUUCAGCACCUCAGAGGAGCUGCUGGCGCACCUGCGCACGCACACUGCCUUGCCGGGCGUAGACGGCAAGCUCCUCUCUGCCUACCCCUCCUCCGCUGCCUCCUGCCACCUGCAUCUGCCCCCUCCCAGCAGCCCGGGCGCACUUCCGAGCUCUUUCUCCCUGCGGGGCUCGCCUGGGUUGGGCCUUGCCCGCUACCACCCGUACAGCAAAGCCCACCUGCCCGGAGGCCCCGGCGUCCCGAUGCACUCUCUCCCUGCUGCUUCUCCGUACUACUCGCCGUACGCCCUCUACAGCCAGAGACUGGGAUCAGCCUCCGCGCUGGGAUACCCGUGAUGGAUGGCGCGCAGAUGGGGAGACAUCCGAAGGAAGCAGUCGGGAUGAGGGCGAGGACUGUCCUCGGAGAAGCUCCAGGCCAAAAGGCAAAUGGGCGGAGUCACUUUCUCUGGCCGAGGGGCGUGACAGGACCUCCUCCGCUGACGGACACCCAGCUGAGCGCGAAGAGAUCCCUUCGGUGUUGAGAAAAGGGAGAAAGCAGCAAGAUUUGGCCUCUAAAAUGAUCGAGCUGAUAACCCAGUUAAUUUAAUUAGAUGAAUAAAGAUUUAUUGCAGUUUGGUUUUCUCUAGGUGGAACAGUAACCAUCCCAGUACUUUUUUUCUGUCACUUUGGUACGAGAACUUUUUCCAGGUGAUAAAUAUUUGUUUCCCAAAUGCAAUUUUAUAACAGUGCAGCUUUGCUUAAGAAGGUUUGCUUUAUUUAUCUUGUUUACUGUUUAUCGUUUCGUCUCUUUCUUUUGUGCGGCAGGUCUUUUUCCCUGGUUUUUGUCCUUUGCUUCUGAAGAUUGUGAUGCAACUGACAGCCAGUUUAUUCUUAAAAACAUUUGCCUUUUUUUUGUACAUGUACAGUUAAAAGAAUAAAAUACAGACAGACAGAUGUGAUAUAUUUUCUAUUGUGGCUGAUGGUGCAGGCUGGUGAGAGCUUUUGGG